GUUUGUAACGAAAGAAGAAGAAGAGCAUCAGCCGAAAACAAGCAUGGCUGGAAAGCUCACCAACACUGUGUCUCCGGUCACUAGUUCUCUGUCCAGACUACAGUCUCUAAACGGACUGUUUGCGGUGUACAAGAAACAAGGGCCGACUUCUGCAGACGUGCUAAACGCACUCAAAGAGGCCUUGCUCAUAGAAGCGGGAGUUCAAAACCCGAACCCGAGGAAGAGGAAGAAGCAGAGCCUGAAGAUGGGCCACGGAGGGACUCUGGACAGCGCAGCCAGCGGAGUGUUGGUUGUUGGUGUUGGGAAUGGCACAAAAAUGCUCAGUACAAUGUUGACUGGUUCAAAGAAAUAUGUAGCUGUAGGGGAGCUGGGUAAAGCAACAGACACUCUUGAUGCCACUGGCAGUGUGAUUCUUGAGAAAGACUUUGAACACAUUACUCGGCCGGAUGUUGAGGCAAAACUGAAAGCUUUCACUGGCGACAUCAUGCAAGUGCCUCCACUCUACUCAGCGCUGAAAAAAGACGGCCAGCGUCUGUCUGUUCUGCUGAAGAAAGGUCACAAGGUUGAGGCCAAACCAGCCAGGCCAGUCACCGUGUACAACCUGACCCUGCUGGAGUUUAAGCCUCCUCUCUUCACUCUGGAUAUUGAGUGUGGUGGUGGAUUUUACGUCAGAAGCUUGGUGGAUGACCUGGGAAAAGCUCUGUCAUCGUGCGCUCAUGUGAAGGAGCUGACCAGAACAAAGCAGGGUCAGUUCACCCUGCAGGAGCAUGCUUUACGUGAGGAGCAGUGGACACUGAAACACAUCCUACAGUCACUGCAGUGCUGCUCAGAGGAAGAGCUGGGAGUGGACCAACCAAAACCACCAGAGACCGAAACCUGAGGAGCACCAGGACCCAGAGUCAAACAGAAGAGCUGGGAUCGAUGUUUGCCUGAUUGUCAGCAUGACUCACCUGCUCGACUUUUCACAUCGAAAUGUGUCCAAUUCGUAAGGUGUGUUUGUUAGCAAGUCAAGUGUGACAAAUUCAGACAAAUGUCAGAAGCACGUGUUUUGGAGCUCAGUGGAUCAGUGUAAUGACUGGACUGAUUCUGAUCCAAAGUUUAAGUUUUGUAAAUAAUUAUACAUAUGGGAAUUGCAGCCCCAACUCCUCUCCAGUGAUCUGCUUAUCAGAAAUCCUGCUCAAAAACUAUAUUCAGGAUACUUACCAUAGUUUCAAAGCAACACGGUAUGGUUGUGGGGGAAAACUGACAAUGCAGUCUGCAAAAAACCAAAAACAUUUCAUUUGGAUUUAUGUUGAUGAGCUUUCUCAUAUUAGUUGAUUAUGAAAAAGAAGUAUUGUGAUUGAGACAUUCUCUUCAUUAAAGGGGUCUUGUUUGAAACAGUA